ACCAUACGCCGCCUUAAACAAACAGGGCCGGGCGCGGUGGUUCACGCCUGUAAUCCGAGCACUUUGGGAGGCCAAGGCAGGCGGAUCACUUGAGGUCAGGGGUUCGAGACCAGCCUGGCCAACAUGGUGAAACUUCGUCUCUACUAAAAAUACAAAAAUUAGCCGUGGUGGCACGCUCCUGUAAUCACAGCUACACGGGAGCCUGAGGCAGGUGAAUCGCUUGAGCCCUGGAGGCGGAGGAUGCAGUGUACCGAGAUCCCACCCACUGCACUCCAGCCUGAGAACACAGCGAGACUCCGUCUCAAGAAAAAAAAAAAAAAGGAAAAGGAAAUAUCACCAGAACGGAUAUCACUGCACUUUUCACGAAAAAGAAAAAGGAAAUACCAGAACAGAUUUCACCGACGGGCAGACCUGCAACCGACUCUGCCAGCGCCUUCCGGAUCAGCGUUUCUGCGCAGGCGCAGAGAGCUCCCGCGGAAGAGGCGGUGUGGGGCUCAGUGCGCGUGCGCCGAUCUCGGCCUCAGCGUGAGCAUGCGCAGGGCCCCGCCCUCGCGGCGUCUGCGCUUGAGCGCCGAUAAUUUGGUGGCGGCGUCCGGAGGGUGCUGGUCUGUGUUCGGUGAGCGGCGCGCUGGGUCUGUCCUGAGUGCGGGCUACGGCACCUUCGCCAUGCCGGGGAUGGUACUCUUCGGCCGGCGCUGGGCCAUCGCCAGCGACGACUUGGUCUUCCCAGGGUUCUUCGAGCUGGUCGUGCGAGUGCUGUGGUGGAUUGGCAUUCUGACGUUGUAUCUCAUGCACAGAGGGAAGCUGGACUGUGCUGGUGGAGCCUUGCUCAGCAGUUACUUGAUCGUCCUCAUGAUUCUCCUGGCAGUUGUCAUAUGUACUGUGUCAGCCAUCAUGUGUGUCAGCAUGAGAGGAACGAUUUGUAACCCUGGACCGCGGAAGUCUAUGUCUAAGCUGCUUUACAUCCGCCUGGCGCUCUUUUUUCCAGAGAUGGUCUGGGCCUCUCUGGGGGCCGCCUGGGUGGCAGAUGGUGUUCAGUGCGACAGGACAGUUGUAAACGGCAUCAUCGCAACCGUCGUGGUCAGUUGGAUCAUCAUUGCUGCCACGGUGGUUUCCAUUAUCAUUGUCUUUGACCCUCUUGGGGGGAAAAUGGCUCCAUAUUCCUCUGCCGGCCCCAGCCACCUGGAUAGUCGUGAUUCAAGCCAGUUACUUAAUGGCCUCAAGACAGCAGCUACAAGCGUGUGGGAAACCAGAAUCAAGCUCUUGUGCUGUUGCAUUGGGAAAGACGACCAUACACGGGUUGCUUUUUCGAGUACGGCAGAGCUUUUCUCAACCUACUUUUCAGACACAGAUCUGGUGCCCAGCGACAUUGCGGCGGGCCUCGCCCUGCUUCAUCAGCAACAGGACAAUAUCAGGAACAACCAAGAGCCUGCCCAGGUGGUCAGCCAUGCCCCAGGGAGCUCCCAGGAGGCUGAUCUGGAUGCAGAAUUAGAAAACUGCCAUCAUUACAUGCAGUUUGCAGCAGCAGCCUACGGGUGGCCUCUCUACAUCUACAGAAACCCCCUCACGGGGCUGUGCAGGAUUGGUGGUAACUGUUGCAGAAGCAGAACCACAGACUAUGACUUGGUCGGAGGCGAUCAGCUCAACUGUCACUUCGGCUCCAUCCUGCACACCACGGGGCUGCAGUACAGGGACUUCAUCCACGUCAGCUUCCAUGACAAGGUUUACGAGCUGCCGUUUUUAGUGGCUCUGGAUCACAGGAAAGAGUCUGUUGUGGUCGCUGUGAGGGGGACCAUGUCUCUGCAGGAUGUCCUUACGGACCUGUCAGCGGAGAGCGAGGUGCUGGAUGUGGAGUGUGAGGUGCAGGACCGCCUGGCACACAAGGGUAUUUCUCAAGCUGCCAGAUACGUUUACCGACGACUCAUCAACGACGGGAUUUUGAGCCAAGCCUUCAGCAUUGCUCCUGAGUACCGGCUGGUCAUCGUGGGCCACAGCCUCGGGGGCGGGGCGGCCGCCCUGCUGGCCACCAUGCUCAGAGCCGCCUACCCGCAGGUCAGGUGCUACGCCUUCUCCCCGCCCCGGGGGCUGUGGAGCAAAGCUCUGCAUGAAUACUCUCAGAGCUUCAUCGUGUCGCUCGUCCUGGGGAAGGAUGUGAUUCCCAGGCUCAGUGUGACCAACUUGGAAGAUCUGAAGAGAAGAAUCUUGCGAGUGGUCGCGCACUGCAAUAAACCCAAGUACAAGAUCUUGCUGCACGGUUUGUGGUACGAACUGUUCGGAGGAAACCCCAACAACUUUCCCACGGAGCUGGACGGGGGCGACCAGGAAGUCCUGACACAGCCUCUUCUGGGGGAGCAGAGCCUACUGACACGCUGGUCCCCGGCCUACAGCUUCUCCAGCGACUCCCCACUGGACUCUUCUCCCAAGUACCCCCCUCUCUACCCUCCCGGCAGGAUCAUCCACCUGCAGGAGGAGGGCGCCUCGGGGCGGUUUGGCUGCUGCUCUGCUGCUCACUAUAGCGCCAAGUGGUCACACGAAGCGGAAUUCAGCAAAAUACUCAUAGGCCCGAAGAUGCUCACAGACCACAUGCCAGACAUCCUGAUGCGGGCCUUGGACAGCUUGGUCUCCGACAGAGCGGCCUGCGUCUCCUGUCCAGCACAGGGGGUCUCCGGUGUGGACGUGGCCUGACCAGGUCCACUGGAAACUGUCCCAGGAAGGAUGGACUCACGCUUUUGUCCUUAAACUGACUUACCAUCCGAGGAGUUCCCAUGACGCCGAAACAGCGGAUGUCCAUCAACAGGAAUCGGAUGGGAACAGAAUUCCAUGGUAUCAAUGACUAUCACGUUUAUGGGGAGUCAUUGUGGCCAUAAUCAUAGCAGAAGCAGCGAGCACGCUCAGGUGAUAGGAGGACUCCUGAGACCCAGCGACCGUGGAGACAGCCUCGGGAAGCCCUGGCCCGCGGAUGGAUCCCUUGGCUGUCUGAGGACUGCUCCAGAAGUGCGGGAAUCCAGGGCCCACCCAGAAGACAGUGAACAGAUCCUUAGCCUCGCACCCCCAAGGCAGCCCUUUUCCUCCAACUCGGUUUACAGGCAUGGUUUGUUUUUCAAACUGGGCUUCCUGGAUGUGCAGAUGGCACUGUUGUGAGGGUGCGGGCUGGGGGUUUCUCCUGGGCGUCACCAAGGGCAGCCCUGGGCUCUGGCUGGGGAUGAAGACGAAACCCGAUCGGGGAAGUGAGUGGAGCCCCCGGCCCCGCCCCGCCGAGCCACAGCCCCCCAGCGCCUGUUCCCACCACCCAGUUGUUUGUGUCCGCAUCAAGAGUUGCUGAUUGAAUUCUUGCUACUCUUCUGCCUCUGGGAUUGGCCAGUAGAUUCAGGAGUUGAAACAAUAAAGCGCGCGUCACGAUA